UGUAUAUGCGUCUUGUUCGUCGCUCUGCUCCGAAUUCUCUCAAAAUGGCUGCCUUAAAAUGGUUGUGGACAGUUAAAAUCAUGACUCCGGUCUUGUGUGCCAUUUUCUUGCUCUGCCUUUCAUCCCUGGCCAUUGCCGCCAACUUCACUCAGGUCUACGAGUGGCCUGAUAAGUUGGACUACGAGUGGCCGUCAGAGGAAAACAGGACGAAGACCUUUAAACCAGAGGAUAUUUUUCCUCGCAACGUGGCAGUGUACGAAUCAAGGAUCUUCCUCAGCCUUGAUACAUAUGGUAACGACAUUCCGGCGACUCUGGUGUCUUUGCCGACGAGCAGCGAGUCCUUUGAACCCCCGAAGCUCACUGCAUUCCCUUCGUGGGACAUUCAUGGAAAGGGACAUUGCAACAAAAUAGAAAAAGCAAGUGGACUGGAAAUAGAUUCCGUUGGAAGGCUCUGGGUGCUCGACAGCGGAAGCGACACUUGCAAAAAAUCCAAAUUAUGGACAGUGAACUUGUCCAACCGCGACCAAACCAAACUAAUUCACCAGUUCCCUUUUCAAAAAUCGAUGAACGACUUGGCGAUUGACGAAACACCUGACGGAACCUUGGCCUACAUCUCGCGGUGGGAUGAACCAAACAUUGUCGUCUUUAGUUUGGAGAAAAAUACGUCUUGGGUAGUGGUCACGCCAGGAAUAAUAAAGGCAUAUUCCAUCGCCCUGUCCCCUCAGGAGGAACCGAGACAGCUCUACCUCAGCUAUUGGAACUCCACUGAUCUGUUUUCAAUUUCCGUUACCACCCUCCGCAACAGAACUCUAACUGCAAAGCCAAAAUUUAUUAGAAAAUGCACUGCAACUUAUUUAUGUCGAAUGGUGAUGGACAACCAGGGGAUCAUGUAUACCUCCUAUUUGAAAAAGAAUUUCAUCAACUCUUGGAACUCAUCCCAGCCAUUUGAGGAGCAGCGUUUUCUUGAGUUUGCUGGACUGAUGAAUAUUGUAAGGACGUUUACUUUCGCCUUGGACCAAAAUGGAAUGCUAUGGAUAACGGUGUUUGAUGCAGAUAGAAAGCCAAGAUUCAGGCUUUUGAAGGCUGCAGUCGGUUCGAAAUCCUCCAAGGCCUCGCCAGGUACGCCAGUAAUUCCGAAUAUCCUUUCCCAAAACCCCAAACCAUCGCAUGUUGCCAUUACAGAACGACCCAGCUUUUUUCACCAAUAUCGGCUGUAUAUCAUCAUCCUGAUCUGCUUCAUCGUGCUUUGCGUCGUCUUGUCGAGUCUUAUCAUUUUAUGGCGCAUCCUGAGAAAGAAGAGGACCAAUUCCCUUCCGCCAAACACCAACGAGGCCCUGCAAAUGUCCGUUUUCUGUGACAACCAGGAAGUCCAGGAUGACGAUUCGAGACCUUCAUCCGUUGCGGCCAGUUGCGAUGACAUCGGCUCCGCAGAAGGGCUAUACGCGGAAGUCAUACACGACCAGGUGGCUGCCACGCCCCCUUCUCCUGAUCUGUACGAGCGGCCGAUUAUUCUCAGCCCGCGAUCGGCGAGGAGAGUGAAAGCCUUGCCUGAGAGGCCGAGGAGUUUCGAGAAAUUUGGAGACGCGCCUCGAGCUCCAGUCCAGCUCGUCGACGUCGGCCCUGCUCAACCGGAAAAUCUGUACGAUGACGUGGCACCGGAAACUUCCAGGACAACACGUUGCGAAUGCACUUCUUCCGAGUCUGCGCAAUACCUGCAACUCUUUCCAUAAAAGCAAUAUCGAUGAAU